GCCACCCUUGCAGUAUUCACUAUUCAGUUCGCACCAUCACUUCAUCAUAAUCAGGACGUAGAAGUGGUUCAUAGCAAAAAUUAAGGGUUCUUACCCACGUUUAAAUUGACAAUUUUAGAAAUUAUUAUUAUUAUUUUCAAUUUAAUAUUGUAUCAUUUUUUGUUAGUGAAUAAUUUAAAAAAAAUUGUGAAUAUAAGUUUUCCUUUUUACAUUUUUAUCUGUAAAUUUUUUCCUUAUCUUAUCCAAAGUGUUGUCGGUUUUCAUGUAAAUGGAACUUCAUCAUUGAAAUAUUAAAGUGAAAAAUUUUCAGAACGAGGAACAAAUAUUAGACGUUCUUUUAACCACAGUAGACGGUUUAAAGAUGAGCAACACGAUGGACCCGGGAAAUCAAAAUUUUUGUCUAAAAUGGAACAAUCAUAAAACAAAUAUGAUUGAUGUUUUUGAAGAAUUGAGACAAAAUGAGAACUUCACAGAUUUAACAUUUGUCUUAGAUACUGGAGAGAAAUUAAAAUGUCAUCAGAUUGUUUUAGCAGCGUGUUCGGGAUUUAUUCAAGAAAAUUGUCACAUGAUUGCACCAAUCGAUCAGUUCAUUAUUAUUCUAAGUAAAGAAACUAGAUUUAAGGACCUUGUUGCUCUAAUAACGUAUAUCUACAGAGGUGAAGUAAAUGUAACAGCAGAAGAUUUACCGGAAUUCCUGAAACUUGCAGAAGGUCUUCAGAUUAAAGGUUUAAAUGGCCUAACAGAUUCAAAAAUUGAGCCAAAUGUGCAAAUUGACGAAGAACAGCCACUACGAUUUGAGAUAACUAGUUCAUCACCAUCAACAUCAAAUAUAUCCUCAAGAAAUGAACAGAAUCAGGUGUCUCCUUCUACAUCACGAGAUAAUUUAUACAGUUCAUUGGUCACAAAUCACAAUCUAAUGCAUAAUCCUGGAUUUUGGAACCUUCCAGCAUUUCCAUUUCCACAACACGGUCUUUCUUCAUAUCAUUCACAACUUUCGGCUCUCAGUAGAUCUUAUGAACAAAGUACAUCUCCAUUAAUGAAAAAGAAAUUGUCAUCAAUGAUGGCUAAUAUGGACACUCCAAUUUUGAGAACAGUUUUAGGAAAAGGUAAUGGCUCUGAACAUGAUGCAAGACAAAAAAUUAAUACUCCUGUCAAUGAGAGUAACAGAAGAUAUAGUUCUGAUUUUUCACGAAAUGAAAGCGUCUCAAGUCCAACAGCUGACAUGGAAGAUGAAGAUAGACACAUUUCUCCUGCAAAAAAAAACAGUAAUUACAAUACUCCAGCUGCGAGAGAAUGGAAACGAUAUAAGCAAUAUACACGUGAAGAUAUUAAUAAUGCUAUAAUGGAAGUCAAACAAGGAGGUUUAAGCGCUCUGAAAGCUGCUAGAAAAUAUAAAGUACCAUCUCGUACCUUAUAUGAUAAAGUAAAAAAAUUAGGCAUUCGAACUAAUCGCAACAGAAGGAGUUCAUCAACAAACUCACAUGUGGACAAUGGCAGUGCUCAAUUUCCCUUUGGGAUUGGCGGUAAUGUAAAUGGAAGCAUUUACAGAAGCUCUUACUCCUCUCUGGAAGAACAAAGUCCUUUAAUACAUUCAAGGCAAAAAAGUCCAAGUCCCGUAAUUGAGAAUCUUAAAGAAAAUGAAAAUUUUGAUAACAUGGUUGAAGAUCUGUCCAUAAAAUCAAGAAAAGAAGCGUCCAGUGAAGAUAUAGGCGAUGUUUCUAUAAAAGAUGAAGUAAGUUCUUGAAAAUCAUAAUUGUCAAUAAGUGACAUCUUUACUGAUUCGAUUGUACUACAUUACUCACUAGUUAAUCUAAUGUUUUCUUUUUGAUAACAUUAUAGAUUUCUAAAUCAUCCCUCUACUUAUGUUUUUAAGUUGAACAGUCUAAACGUAAAAAAAUUCAACUUAAAUAAAAUGAACAUAGUUUUUAAAGAGUGUUGUAAAGACUGAUAAUGAUAUGUUUUAAUUGGAAUUGCUUUAAACUUUCACUAUAGUUUCAAAAAAUUUCAUUUUUGUUUGAGAAAUCUCUAUUUAAAACAAAGUUAAAUAAGAAACUUUUGAAAAAACCAUAUUUUACUAUUUUUAUCCAUCAUAU